UAAAACAACAGAAAACAAUUCCCGUUGAAGGUAGAGGUUAUUUCAGCAACUGGACAAAUACGUGCUGUCUUUUAUACGAAAGCCUCUUUCAUUUUUGAAUCAUGAGUGCAGGUGUGACUGUUGAACGUUUGGGUGAUAGGAAUAAUUAUCCUCAAACAGAGAAGACCUCGGUUGAAGUUAGUCCCUGCGAGAGUAACUCCCAAAUCCAGCAGCCAAGGCAAACGAUAUCAUCACCAACAGAUCCGAGUUGGGAACUCAGGACUCCAACUUCCCUCACACAAGAGCAGCAACAGGCUGCCUCAGCGCCCUGGCUUCCCGGUCAACUAUCAGACGACGGAAAGGAGCUCAAAUUCCUGACCGAAAACGACACAAACUUCAUGUUACGUUGGGCGGAGGAACUUCUCUCUAAUACAACGGAAAAGAAGUCAGAUUUAGAUCUGCUGACGACAGCUAACAAUGGCACAUUGGGAGAGGCUAAGGAAGGGGUUCAUCAACAUGGUUGUUUGCCAGUUUACAGACCAACCCAAAGUGCGGCACAGUGUCAAGAAACCCCCACAAACAGCCAACAACUGGGCGAUGCGUGUCAGAGCAAAACGCUCAACAAGCAGACUUUCCCGCCAUCACAGAAGUGCGCUUCUCUCGUCUGCGCGACUGCCCCGGAUGUGCAGUGGUACAAGUGUUGUACAGGUUCAUCUUCAAACGAUAUAGUUGCACAGUACGCAUCCGGUGCAACAAUGAAUGUCUUACAACUUGACGGGAUCUUGCUAACCCUUGACGACCCACAGACAGUGCAAGUCCUCGCCAAUCAGAACGUGGGUGAUGCAAGUGUAACAACACCCGCUAGGCGUCUCUCAUGCCGCCGUCAGCUAUGGCCAGAGGAGCAACAGAAAAUGCACGACAUUACAGAAGGGGCUCCGUGGUACUUCAACUUCCCACAGAAAAUUCGAGGUGGUUCGUCGAAAAGACCAGUUGAAUGUACAACUGACAGGGGUGAGGCCGACACCCAUACGCCACACGAGAGGAACCAGCAAACGUCACCCAGGGCCAACAAGGCCAAGCGGCGUCAUCUCGAUUGUGUCAACAGAACAUGCAAGGGCUCGGGACUACAGGCCUGAACUAGUACAAACCGGGUUUUAACAGUGUCUUGUGACAUGCUUGAAAUACAUUUUUUGUUUACGAAACUUAGCCACCGCGUUUUGUUGUUGUCUCUUCAGUAUUGUAGUACGAACUAGUACCAACCGGGUAUUAGCAGUGUCUUGCGACAUACUGUAAAUGCAUUGAAGUUCGCGAGACUCAAAACCACCGCGAUUUUUUAUUGUCUCUUCAGUAUUGUAGUACGAACUAGUACCAACCGGGUAUUAGCAGUGUCUUGCGACAUACUGUAAAUGCAUUGAAGCCCGCGAGACUCAAAACCACCGCGUUUUGUUGUUGUCUCUUCAGUAUUGUAGUACGAACUAGUGUCAAUCGGGACUAAAAACUAAUGUUUCCAUUGCUGUAGCGAUAUGUGGCUAUAACGCUAACGUAAGCUCAAAACUACCGCAAACACUACGUUUAUACUUCCACAUUCACCGCACUUAGAUGCAUCUAUAGUAUAUACGUAUAUUCUUUGACGUUGAAAAAAUUAUGAAUCUUUGAAAGUAACAUGUCCGAAUAUGCAUGGGCAAAAACUGUAUCCAUCGUUUUUAAGUAUCUGU